GUAGGCACGAGACUCUGUACACGUGCUUGUUGCUGAAGGAAUUCGGGAAUAUGUUUGCAUCCUUCUUUGUUGUCACUAUCUUUGUAGAGGCUGCUCUAAGCCUAAAACUUGUUGAUCUUCAUGUUCCUGCUGUCGUGAGACUAACUAGUCCUGUGUGGCUUUAUUGCUGGUAUAACCUAGAGGGAGAUGACCUCUACUCUGUGAAAUGGUAUAAAAACCAUGUUGAAUUCUACAGGUUCCUUCCAAGUGACAACCCCCCAGGACAGAAGUAUGACUUAGUUGGAGUUCAUGUGGAUCUUAAAAACUCCAAUCAAACACAUGUCUACCUAGACCAAACAGACCUUAAUACUGAUGGCCUCUAUGGUUGUGAAGUAUCAACAGAAGCACCCUCUUACAAAACUGUGCAAGCAGAGAAAAAAUUGAAAGUGUAUGUUUUACCAAGAGAUAAACCAGCUAUUGAAGGACUAGAGUCAGUUUAUGGCAUAGGUGAUGAAGUUAACGUGACCUGUGGUUCGAGUCCUUCUAAACCACCAGCUCAGUUGUCAUGGCUUAUUAACGGUCAGCCGGCCGAACCAACUUUUCUUACCACAUAUGAAACUCAACGCCAUCUAGAAGGAUUACAAAGAACCAUGUUAGGCCUGAACUUUAUUGUGACCUUUACUCAUUUAAAACAUGGUAUGCUGUCAUUAGACUGCACAGCUAUAGUUUCUCAAGAAUAUUACUCUCAAAGUGGGGAGAUCGUGAUUGGUGGAAGAAUUAGAGCAGACCCCAGCGAUUUUGUACCACCAGAAAAAGGACCGACACUGGUUACUGGUAAGAAGGAAUACAGAGUUGGGGACAUCGUAGAAGUUAACUGCAGCUCCUCCAGGGAUACGAAGAACACUCAGCUUACGUGGUUCGUCAAUGACCAAAAGGCUAGUCAUUUCUACGUCAUUAACUAUCCACCAAUUAUUUAUAAAGACGGUGUAAUGUCUUCCUUGAUUGGAUUGAAGUUCCGCUUGACCCACACCCACUUGCUGUCUGAAGGUUUAAGGAUAAAAUGUACCUCCACCAAGUCCAUCGUGUUGGAUACUAAAAAUCAGAAGGUGAUAAUUGGUGGAACACAGCAUAGCUCCGGCCUCCACGUGUUAGCAAGUAACGGAAAAGAAUCUAAUACCAAAGGUCUCUGGAAUAUGAUGUUGUGGAGCUGGUCAUUCACUCUAGCUUUUGUUCAGUCACUGUGUGCAGACCAACUUUAGCCACAGCAAAUAUAAAGAAGAAAAACUAUAGGCUUAACUAGAUCUACGAAGGAGCUGAAAAGUUAGACGGACCAGCAAAAUUAGGGUUGUCCUUUUGUCUUCACUUCGACAGUCCGAGAAUUCAUUCCAUGCAUUGUAUCUGACAAGCUAACCCAUUCAUUAAUGUGAACAAUGAUUGCCACAAUAUUUUUCACAUUUCGUUCGUUCCUAAGGACACGAGCUGUGAUACAUAAAAACAGAGGGGUAUUAUGUCUGCAACUCGUAACGAUAGCUGUAUCAAUUUUAGAAGUGCGAUUAAACGUAUAAUUGUUUCUGCUCUGUUUUUAUCUUUAUAAGAAAUUAGACUGUUAUUUUCUUCACUGUGACUUCAUUGCUUCAUUAAAGAUUUUCUCCCAGUUAGUUUUUAAAACUUACAUGAGAAAAAAAAAAUAUUUUGCUCCGUUAUUACUAGUCUCACGAAUUUUAUACAUCUUAUUAAAAAGCCGACCUGUUUCUGAAUAUGUUUACUUGUAAACUAUAUUAGAUUUUUACUGAUCUCAGAUAAUGGUCUCUAUCUUUAUUUCCUUUUUUCGUGGAAACUGUAAUAUAAAUAUUAUGUUGUUUUCUGUACAGCAUUAUUUGAGAUUUGAAGACACAGCAUCUGGUUUCAAGGAUUGGAUAAGUGGAGCAAAUGAAUUCGAAACACUAACUGAAAAUACAAACCUCGAAUCAUUGUACAUUUUAUCGCUUAAGACUCAAAAGGUAAACUUGAGUCGUUGGAAUUUGGUAGCACAUGUCGAGAGCUCAAUGAUCACAUUACAUUAAAGAGCGAGGUAGCAUGAUCUGUGUCAUAAAAGUAAAGCUACUGUAUUUGAUUUACUUUCUACUAUGUUUUGAAUAGUAUUUCAACAAGGAAUCUGUACUCGUGCUUCAAGUUGCUUACAGACAGGUAAUUGAUUCUGUAAGUAAAGAGUUCUUUAAUUGCUUAGGAAGUUGAUCUUGUAAUUAAUUUAUCAUAAAAUGAGUGAAUAUACUUGCGUUUGAAAUGCUUAUAAUGUAAAUCUUUUAAAUGUGGCAACAUUUUUCUUAUAUUUGUUAGAAUGUAGCCCAGUUUUUCAUGAAAAAAUCAGAAAGCAAUGUACAAUGUCAUUUAAAGAAAAGUUAUAUUUAUUAGCUAAUUAAACAUCUCGUAAAAUUCGCAUGCACUGUUACUAGUAGAGUUGCUUUGUUCUGGUUAGCCUGUUAUUACUCUCUAUGUAAUAAUGUAGAAGUAACUUUCGAUUAAAGUUUAAUAUAACGUUGAUUACACUAAAACUUUAGCGUACUGAAUUCAGAUUGAAGAAUACAUGAUUAAUGAAAACAAAAAAGACCAUUCGCUUUAUUCUAAAAUCAUGAAACCUACCAAUGGAAAAAAACUAAUGUCAUCUUGUAGGUAAAAACAGUACGUAUUUUUAAAGCCAUUGUUUCCAUUUACAUUUCAAUUCUCGAGGCUCCAAUGCCCAAAUUAGGCAGAAAACAAACUUUGUUAGUUAAAGUUUGAAAAGCGUUUGGACUGUAAACUAAUUUAAAAUUCCCAAGGGUCCAUUCCAAACGAACAAAUCGAAUUUAUUUAUAAUAUAAAAUGUGAUUAUGUAUCGUACGCCUUCUCCUCAUGUGUGUAAAUCCUUCUUCUUUCACUAACUGCACAGCAUAAAAGCGGGAAAAAACGAACUGUUUAAGAUGUAAUAUUUAUAUGUAAUAGAAGUGUUUUCUUUCAUAAUUUUACCAUUUUCUUCUACUUCGAUGUAUCAUGUUUCUUCCAAAGAUUACCAGCCCAGAUUACUAGUAUACUCGUUACUUUACUCACUUAAAGUUUGUACUGAAAAACAAAAAAAUCAAGUGCCCAGCAUCACUUGUUAUCAUUUAUCCUAAUCUAGUCAUAAUAUGGAACGUACGAUUGGUCAAUGGACUAAUUAACUAAUUGUUUAAGAAUCGUCUAUCAUUGGCUGUGAACUCGUGAACGAUUUUUUUAUAAAAACAAUAUUAUUAACUGUGGGUAAAGUAAAGCUAUUAAAAUGGUUGGUUUUAUGA